AUGAAUGCAGAACUACCUGAUUCUUCUGACACCAUGGAUCCUAAUGAUUAUUUGAGACAAACAGGAUUUGCUGAUAUCAUGGGCACCGAAACAGAGAAGCAUUAUGCUAUCGAGACAAACUUUAGUCAAGAUUGGAGAGAAUCAGGACAACAAAAUUUACCUUUUUCUGAUUUCCUUACUACAAGAGAAUAUGAAGAGAUACUAAGCGACAUGAGAAAAUUACCUGAUCAAGUGAAAAGCAUUCUUGCUCAUCAUAUUAUUCCAAAUCAAACUAAGAAGAGUGAUAUAAACAAGAUUCUUCCAUCAAUAAUAUCGUCUAUGUAUAGUCUUGUUGCAUCUGGAUUGAAUGUCAAAUCAAUUGAUAGUACUAAUAGUGCCUCUGUUCAGCUUGAAAAGAAUAUUUUUAUGUACUUGAAAAAAAUAACGUUAUUCGGUGAUAAAAUGGAGAAAUUAGAAAAAAUAAUAGAUCAAAUGAAUCUAAUAGAUCAUAUGAAACGAGAGCUUAAAAAUACAAGAAAUUCACUCUUAGAAUGGGUUUCUAUCUAUAUGCCAACAGAAGAGGACUGGAGAUUAUUACCGACCUAA